AUGUUGGCUCAGGCAGUACUUUGUAGCAAUGUUUCCAUCUCCAACAGUACGCUGACAAACAACGGAGCUGACUAUGGUGGAGCGAUUAGUGUUCUGUCAGGCAGUGUGUCCAUCUCCAACAGUACGCUGACUAACAACAGAGCUAACUCUGGUGGAGCGAUUAGUGUUUACUUAGGCAGUGUUGUGUCCAUAUCCAACAGUGAGCUGACAAACAACAGUGCUAACGAUGGUGGAGCGAUUUAUGUUUACUCAGGCAGUGUUGUGUCCAUCUCCAACAGUGAGCUGACAAACAACAGUGCUAACUUUGGUAGUGGAGCGAUUGAUAUUGACUCAGGAAGUGUGUCUAUCUCCAACAGUGAGCUGACAAACAACAUUGCGAGUGGAGCAAUUUAUGUGAUCGAAGAUUCUACCUUGAUUAUCAACAACACUUACAUUACUAAUAACAUCGGCAGUUUGAACAUUGCGCAGUCAAAUGCAACAUUCAUUGGAAGGAAUAUUGUCAGUAACAAUGGUCGUCCCAUUUAUGCUUUCAAUAGUCGAAUCAAGUUUAAUGGACCUACAACACUGAGUAACAAUCGUGGUGUGUUAGGAGGAGCCAUCAGCGCUGACCAGAGUGAAAUAUUCAUUAAUACAGAAGGAGUUAUCAUCACCAACAACACAGCUACCUCUGGAGGAGGGAUAUUUCUGAGAGUGAGUACACUCUUUGUAAAUGAGCCAAUAAAGAUCUAUCACAACACAGCACACCAGGAUGGUGGAGGGAUUUAUGCAUAUUCUAGCAGAGUUGAGUUCCAAUCUGUGCUGAUGUGGGAUCAAGAUGGUGAUCCACUUCCUCCAAAUACACAGAGUGAGAUUGCUCACAACAUUGCUGAGAAUAAUGGUGGAGGUAUACAUGCAGUAUCUACAACUAUUAAACUUACUCGUUCCUACGUCAACAUUGACUCAAACACAUGCAGCUAA